AUGGGAAGGUCAUCUCAGGGAUCCAAUGCGGUUGUGAAAGCCCUAAAAGAGCUCAAUGAGUACAAUCGAAGUGGCAGAUAUCCAUUGGCUGAGCUUUGGAACAAUAAAGAAGAAAGAAGAGCAACACUGAAAGAAGGUGUUGAGUUUGUUCUGAAACGAUGGAGAAUCACAUAUACACAGGUGAAAAUUUGGCACACAAUUUAUGCUGAUCCAGAUCGACCUUUCUUUGUUGAUAUUGUGUACCAUGAGUCAGACAAGAGGAUAACCGAUCAAUAG